AUUGAACUUUUGUAUUCUAAAACAAAGCCAUGGGGAAUUGCUUAAUUCGUGAAGAGAAGGUGAUCAGAGUCAUGAAAACCGAUGGGAAAAUCCUAGAAUAUCAACCACCCAUCAAAGUACACCAAGUUUUAUCGGAUUUCUCCGCUCAUGCACUGUCGGAUUCUUUCGCCGGUUUCCACCACCUUCGGCCCAAUGCAAAGCUGCUUCCCGGACUGUUGUAUUACCUCAUCUUUCUUCCAUCACCGACCCAAAAGAGCAAGAAAAAGACGGUGAGGUUUUCUAAUGUUCCGGACGUGAACGAUGAACAAGGAAGAGGCCAUGGCAUUGUACGGAUUAAGUUGAUGAUCAGUAAGAAAGAAUUACAAGACUUGGUUCAAAAGGGAGUUUCAGUUCAUGAUUUGGCUUCUCAGAUGCAUAAAAGUAAACAAAGCACGAAUGGUGAUGAUAUAUUUGAUGGUGAUAACUGCAGAAGAAGGUGGAAGCCUGCAUUAGAAAGUAUAGCUGAAGUAAACUAGGAAAGUAUACAUGUAUAUAUAUACUGCAACUACAUAAAUGCAUGUUUCUUUUAUGAAAUUUUGCAGAUAAAAAAAGAGGCUUGAAUCCUCGUCCUUGUUAACAUCUUACAUCCAUUGAUUUUGUUAGGUUUUCUCAUAAUUUAAAGAGAAAAUAA